AUGUCUGAAUUGCCGUCAUCACCCCUAAGUGCCGGGGCUAGUACGGAGGAACAGCUGGCCUGGUAUAAAGCGCAAUACGAGCUGCUCGAACAUGAACUGUCGGAAUUUCAGGCGUCGAGCAAGGAGCUGGAAGCAGAACUCGAGAAGGACCUGGAUGCUGCCGACAAGCGGGAACGGGCGCUGAGGCAAAAGGCGGAGGGUUUGAACUACGAGGUGGAAGAGUGGAAGAGGAAAUACAAAGAGUCGAAAGCCGAGGCAAACGCAGCGCAAGGUGCGCUUGAGAAAGAGAUUACCAAUCUUAGAGACGCAAACAGGACGCUUCAGCUCAAGCUGCGUGACAUAGAGGUGGCCAACGAUGACUUUGAGCGUCAGGCGCGGAAUACCACUUCGUCCUUGGAGGACCUCGAGUCAAAGUACAAUGUCGCCAUCGAGAGAGGUGUGAUGAUGGAGGAGGAGAUCAAGGCUGGUGAGCAAGAACGGGAGAAGUUGCGGGUUGAGAACCAAAGAUUGCGGGAAGAACUCGCAGAUCUGAAGAUCGAAGCCGAGAUUCUGCAGGACAAAAUCAGGAAACAGGAGGCUCGCCAUCUCUCAUCCAUCUCGACCGACAUAUCCAUUCCCGGAUCGCCGUCCUUUUGCAACUCUCCGCAUUCGACUGCUAGUUCGCCAAUGAUUACCACGCCUCCCGAUACGAAAUCGCUAUCCACGGCUGAGACGGCCUCGGAGCUCCAAGAUCCCCCGUCGCCUCCAAUGUCCGAGAAGUCUGUGUCGCUCCCCAAACCCGUGCUCAAGACACCAGCGCCGCAACGUAAAAGCCGUCUUCCAUCUGCCGACAACAGCAUCACUCCGAAGCCGCGACAAUACACUGGCUCUACCUCAGCCUCUCGAGCAACCCGCACGGCACCCAAUGCGCCUCCACAUCCACUUCGGACGCCAGCUAAUCGAUCCGCGGCGGCAAGAGCGGCGAAUCGCGCGAACCCUCACCGAAUUGCAACGUCAAACUCACUCACGCACAUACGAACGCUAACAGCCCAGAUGCAGCGCCUCGAGGCCCGUGUGCACUCGGCGCGGUCCAAGCUCCCUGCGCCUACCACCACACCGCCUCGCUCGUCGCCCCGAGGGAUUACAAGCGUGCCAUCUACCGUCACAAUCCGGAGCCGCAAGCGCACCGUCGGAUCUACCACCUCUAGUGCCGCCGGGGAUGAAACGACGCCAUCGCAGUCCCGCCACGCCCCUUCCGAGUCGCGCAGCAGCAUCUCGGGCACGAGCCGGCACGUCCCGCGACUUAGCACGUCCGGCGUGUCACGCUUGUCGUUCGGCCCGCUGCCCAACCGCAACCCGACCAACGUCGAGCCGGACAUCUCACGGCCCAGCAGCCGAGCGAGCUAUGCGCGCCCGGCCAGCCGCACCGAGUCCCACGCCAGCAGCAGCAUCAUGCCUCCGCCCCGGCCGGGGAGCCGGGCGAGCCUGAGCGGAACCCGCACGCCACUGGGGCGUCCACGCAGCAGCCUGGGCAUGCGAGGCCACGGCCACAGCGGGAGCGUGAGCUACAUCACCGCCGAGGAGGACGAGCUUGGCCAAGGGAUGAUGCCCGAUGGGGAGUUCCGGACGCCCAGCAGGCGGGGGACGUACAGCCGCAGCGAGCUGGAGGCCGGAGCCACCGGGAUUCCACUGCCCAGCGCCAUCCCCGUGCCUGCUGGGCGACGGCAGAGCGGGUCCUCGGUGGCCUCCAUGGCCGGAGGGAGGAGGACAAGCGGCAAUACGAGAGUACUGGAGGAUGUCGGGGAGACGUACUGA